AUGGGCCUAUAUUCAACAUUCACAAAACUGCUCACCGAGUUUCAGCCACAAUCUCAGAAGCCCCAAUCUUCCAGGAUUCAAUUUCUGCUAACUCUUCAGUAUAAAAGCUGUACUGAUAUUGCAUUGGACCGACAAUUUGUUGAUGUUUUUGAUUGGGGUCGAUGUUUUAUUGUUGGAUCAUGUAAUGGGAUCUUGUGUCUUUACAUUAAAAGUAAGGUUAAGUUUGGUGAAGAUUUGUUGCAUCUUUGGAACCCUGUUACUAAUGAAGACAAACAAAUUUCAUUGUUUGGGGUUAAGGGUUUAACUUAUCUUCAUGUUGGAUCUGCUUGGUUCGGUUAUGUACCGUCUUUAAAAGACUAUAAGAUCAUAUUAGUGAAUACAAGUAUUGGGGAUAAGCCGGGUUUUGUGAAGCGGAUGUAUAUGUACUCGUUACGUGAUCCUAAAUGGAGAGAAUUGGAUGUUACUGAUGCAGGAUCGUCGUUUGCAUCAGUUUCUAACUCGGUUUUCUUGAAUGAAGCUUUGCAUUGUCUUGGUCAGAAAUGUAUACAUAAGUUUGAUUUGGUUACGGAAACUUUUGAAAAGGUGCCCUUGUUGAUCAAGCCUGAUCUUCCGAAACCCCAUCAGAUUAAGCUUGGUGUCAUUGGAGAAAAGAAUUGUUUAUGUGCUACGUUGGUACAUCACUCUGAGGAAGAGGAGUGGAUGUUCGAGUUAUGGAUGUUGGAGGAAUAUAACAAAUGGGAUUCUUGGAAGAAGUUGUAUAGAAUUGACUUGAAGAAGGAGAUGGCCAGGAACUACAUCGGAUUUUUAGGUUUCACAUACAAUGGCAAUUUUUGCAUUCGAGAAAAAAAUGGACUUAAACUCAUUGAUCCAAGUUGCGAUCCACCUUCAUGUGUCAUGGUUUGCCGUGGAUCUGUAUUUGUUGCUAUUGAUUACGUGGAGAGUCUUGUACCUCCGUUUUCUCUUGAUUAA